AAACUAAGCCCUGUAAUGCAUUCUAAGUUUCCAAUUCAGGAUACCAAAGACACCACCCUCACUCAUGCAAAAGGUUGGAGAGGGAAACUUGCUCCUUUAUCUUCACCUCUGCAAAAGCAUUUGUUGAUGACAGGUGCUCAACUUGUGAAGGAAAAGCGAGGUGGAAUGAGAUGUGUGGAGGAAGAAUGCCUCCUCUGGGACUUUGGUCGAGAUUAUGAGAAAGAUAAAGUCUGCAAGGAACUCGCCAGCCUGGGAAAAGAUGACUUCACAUCUUUGUCAAUGGUCCUAUACAGCAGAAAAUUUCCCAGUGCUACCUUUGAACAGAUCAGUCAUCUUGUGAAUGAAGUUGUCUCCUUGACAGAAGCCUGCUGUGCUGAGGGGGCCGACCCUGACUGUUAUGACAACAGGACUUCAGCAUUGUCUGCUAAGUCCUGUGAAAGUGACUCUCCAUUCCCAGUACACCCAGGAACUCCCGAGUGCUGCACCAAAGAGGGCCUUGAAAAGAAACUCUGUAUGGCUGCCCUGAAGCACCAGCCACAAGAAUUUCCUACCUAUGUAGAGCCAACAAAUGAUGAGAUCUGUGAGGCAUUCAGGAAAGAUCCCAAGGGGUUUGCUGAUCAAUUUAUGUAUGAAUAUUCCAUUAAUUAUGGACAAGCUCCUUUGACACUAUUAGUCAGUUACACCAAGAGUUCUCUCUCCAUGGUAGGGUUGUGCUGUACCUCACCAAACCCAACAGUAUGCUUUUUGAAAGAGAGACUUCAGCUUAAACAUUUAUCACUUCUCACCACAAUGUCAAAUAGAAUCUGUUCACAAUACUCUGCUUAUGGGAAGGAGAAAUCAAGGCUCAGCCAUCUCAUAAAAUUUGCCCAAAAAGUGCCUACUGCAAAUCUGGAGGAUGUUUUGCCACUGGCUGAAGGUAUUACCACAAUCCUCUCCAAGUGCUGUGAGUCUGCCUCUGAGGACUGCAUGGCUAAGGAGCUGCCUGAGUACACAGUAAAAAUCUGUGACAACUUAUCCACAAAGAAUUCUAAGUUUAAGGACUGUUGUCAAGAAAGAACACCCAUGGACAUUUUUGUGUGCACUUACUUCAUGCCAGCUGCCCAAAACCCUGACCUACCAGAUGUCAAGUUGCCCACAAACAAAGAUGUGUGUGAUAAAGGAAACACCAAAGUCCUGGAUCAGUAUACGUUUGAUCUAAGUAGGAAGACUCAUAUUCCAGAAGUAUUCCUCAGUAAAAUACUUAAGCCAACCCUGAAAAGCCUUGAUGAAUGCUGCCACUCUGAAGACUCUACUGCCUGUUUCAAUGCUAAGGGUCCUCAAUUGACGAGAGAACUAUCUUCUUUCAUUGAAAAGGGACAAGAACUGUGUGCCGAUUAUUCAGAAAACACAUUUACUGAGUACAAGAAAAAACUGGCAGAGAGGCUAAGAGGAAAACUGCCUGAUGCCACAGAGACAGAACUCGAAGAGCUGGUUGACAAGCGCUCAGACUUUGCCUCCAAGUGUUGUUCUAUAAACUCACCUCCUCUCUACUGCAAUUCAGAGAUUGAUGCUGAAAUGAAUACCCUACAGUCCUGAUGCAUGUGUACUGUCUUUGACCUAGAGCUGGAACCACUCUGGGAAUGACAUCUGACGGCCUAACCUAAGCAAAACCAGAGCUCCUAGGGAGACAACUAGGAUACUCCCUGCUUGUUAUCAGCUGUAAUAGCCUCGUGCUAUUGUUAAUGUUAAGUAUGAUGAUCUGUUAACAAAAUAAAUGGAACUACAAUGCAAGCCAUAAAUGCUACGAGCAUGAUGCUGCCAUGUUGAUCUCCAGCACUAGUCCUGUGACCUUCACCAAGACACUACAGGAGGCAGCCUCAGCCUCACAAGGCCCUGCUUUUUUCUAGAUUUGCUGUGUCCUAAAAGAUUCACAGCAUAAGCAUCCACUUUACACUUCCCAGCACACUGAGCUCCAUGCCUUGAUCGCUUCUCAGGCUUAAUACUUACCAUUAAGAAAAAGUUAACAGCCUUCUACCAUAAAUAGCCCAGAAUAGCUCACUUCUUAAAGAAAAAUUUUGUUUUUAAUUAAAGAAAAAGCAGCCUCCCUGAGGAUACCUUCUUGCUCCCAGCUGCAAGUUGUACGCCAUUAAUUAGGUAGUAUCUGCCUGGCAAAAAGAAAAUCUUUGGAGCCUGAACAAGUUUAUUGUUGCUAAAGACGAGUCCUCAGAGCAAUUUAUUGGGUCAAAGUUCUAAAUACAAUGAUUUCAGCUGAAUUCGAUUUACCGUAUAUACACUAUAUUAUUUCUAUGUGCUUGAUUUGCCCAUGGAAACUGAAGGUGUUCUAACUCAACAGAUUUUGCUUUGAAAGAAAGAUUAUGUUUUCAGAAUAAAUGCUCCUCUGAAACCAA